AUGGAAAUUCAAUAAAUUUUGAUAAAAAUGUUCUCCUUUCCUCUUUACAUAGAUCACUUCUUUAUCAUUGAUUAAAAAAAUGAAUUUGAAUGGAAAUUGAUUUAAUCCUUCUCCUAAUAGACAAUAAACCACUCAAUUCAUGAAUAAUUUGAUAGAUAUUUAAAUAUUCAGAUUCCCCCAUAUUUAGCCACUUAAUAAGUGUUUAAAGAGUUAAAUAAGGUAAAUGAAAUCAUUUAACUUAUAAUUAAGAUUAGAAAGGACAUCAUUUAUACUUAGUAUAAAGAAGCAAAUACAAGUAAUUUAUUCUUAAAAAUAGAUGACACAUCAUCAAUGUUUGGAACAUAUUAAAAUUUAUAAAACCAUCUUGGUAAAUAUUUUGAGAUUGAUAUGAAACCAUAAUAUAGGAAAUAUUAGUUAACGUAAUAUGGAAUUAUUGAUUUAUUGGUAUUCAGCUUUUUACAUAAAAGCAGAAGUUUUCAUAGAGUAAUUACAAAAGGAAUAGCUCCUUAAAUAUCAUGUUUGUAUAGUUGGUAUUCAGAAUUUAUUGUUGCAUUUGAAAUAAAUAACAAGAUUGAUCCAAAUUAUUUGCCUAGAAAGGAAAAACGAGUUUAAAUAUAGAAAAAUAAAUAGCAAAAAAGUAAUCCAGAACUAAUUGAAUCAAUUAAGGAAAAUAAGUUCUUAGUUUUCUAAGAUCUAAUUGAUAAAGGUGCAUCAAUAUAUACAGUAUCCUUAAGGGAUAAGGAAAAAAUGCUUGUUCCGCAUUUAGUGUGUGCAUUCGCAAGAAUAAAUUAUGCCUAAUAUUUAUCCAGUAAAAAUGUAGAUUGGGAAUGUGAAGAUGAUGACAAAAUGACUCCUAUAUUUUAUGCUAUCAGAAGUGAAUCCAAAGAAAUGAUUGAAUAUUUACUUAAAGAAAAAGUCAAUUUAGAACAUAAAGAUAUUUAAGAUAGAACUCCAUUUUAUUAUGCUUGCUCAUUAGGAUAAUUGUUUAUUAUUAGGUUCCUUGUGGAAAAAGGAGCCAAUAUAAAUGCUAAGACUGCUUUAGGAAGGACUCCAUUUUCAAAAGCAAGCUUUUUGGGAUUGUAUAACGUUGUAGAAUUUUUACUUCAAUAACCAAAUAUAGACUAUAAUUAUGCAGAUAAGUAAGGAAGAAAUGCAUUACAUAAUGCAGUUUUUGGCCCUAAGGGAGGAAGAGAUGGAAGAAAGGUUGGCACUUGGUGUUAUGAUAGUCCUUUAAUUGCUUAAUUAUUGCUUGAACAUGGAAUGGAUGUAGAGGCUAAAGAUAAGGAUAACAAUACUCCAUUGCAUGUUGCAGCAUCAAGUGAGGCUUUAAAUUCAAUACCUAUUCUAUUAGCAUUUGGUUGCGAUAUCAAUAAAAGGAAUAAAUGGGGAGAAACUGCACUAAUGAUAGCAGCAAAAUUUAAUCAUUAUGAAACUGCAAAUUUAUUAAUUUCAAAUUAAGCAGAUUAUUUCUUAGAAAAUGAGGGAUAUACACCCAUGGAAAUUGCUGCAAAAAAUGAUUAAUUUGAGGUAUUUCAAUUUUUAUUAGAUAAAAUGAGGCCAGAAUUAUUACAAUUUGAAAAAGUUAGAAAGUGUAAAUUGCAAUAAGUUCUUUAAUCUUUAAUGAGCCUUACUAAGAGUUUCAAAGAAAAUAAAUAUAUAAAAUAUUUCUUAUAAAAUUUCUAGCCGAAUUAUGACAAAGAACAUGUAGGAUUGAUAAUCGAAAUGUAAGAUGGAUAGAAUGAACUUAUAUCAAGUUAUCUAAAGAAUUUCAUAGUCACAUAAGAAUAAAUAAGUAACUCUUUUGAACUUUGUUUGAGAAGGAAAAACAUGUCAAUAUUCAAACAAAUAUGCCUUCAUGCCAGAUUUGAGUAUAAAGUUUGCCUUUAAAAAUCAUUAAUUACGAUGUUGCUCGAAUCAGUAGAAUUAGAUACUUUGCUUUUUCAAUUUAAUAUUGAUUGGUUUAACUAUAGAAGCAAAUAGGGUGAAACAUUUUUACAUAAAUUGAUAGAGAAGAGGAAAACUGAAACUCUUUUAAAAAUACUAAAUUUAUUUUAAGAAAUAAUAGAUUAAUAGUUUUACAAAAACUAUAAAAAUUUCCAUAUACAUUCUAUAGCUAAAGAUGAUAUUUAUAAUUUUUUAACAUGCUAAAACCUAAGCUAAUCAACAAUUAUUGAAAUAGCUGUAAUUCAUAAAUUUAUGGAUAUUUAUUAAAUGCUAGAUAAUUUCAUUUCUAUUAAUUAUGGCUCUAAAUAAGGACUCAAGUUUAAAUUGAUAAAUUAUGCAAUUGAAUUAGAUCAUAUUACUAAAUUACCUCAGGUUUUCUUUUAGGAGGAAGAAAAUUAUAAAUUUAUCAAGAAGUUUUCAGAAAUAACAUCAUUAACAGAUAAAGAAUUGUAAUUUUUUGAAAAAAUCUUAAAAGAACAUAAAAAUGGCAAGCUUCAUUUAUCUUAAUUCUAUUCAUAAAUUUAAUCUGAAAAACCAGUUAAAGUAGUUGAAUAAGAGGAGCAUUUAAAAUAAUGUGUUAGUGAUAUUCUUUAAAAUUUCACAAUUUUAGGAGUCGAUAUCGAACAUUAUUCUGAUAAAGUCGAUGAAUUUAAAAUAUCCUUUGCUUGCACAAUUUAAUUAUCCACUGUAGAUAUGGAUUACAUCAUAGACAUUAUGAAAUUGAGACCUAUCUGUAAUAAGUAUUUAACACCUAUUUUUGAGAAUCAACAUUUACUAAAAGUCUUUCAUGGCUGCGAAGUCGAUUUAAGAGUUCUUUUUAGCGAUUUAAAAAUAAUUGUUAAAAACAUAUUAGAUACAAGUAAAAUUGAUAUGGCUUUGAUUAAAUCUCCUAAUGCUCAAUCUUUAGAAAAGUUAUGCAAGCAAUAUUUGAACAUCUAUUUAGAUAAGCUAUAUCAAACUUCUGAUUGGAGAAUAAGACCAUUGCCUCAACAAAUGAUAGAAUAUGCUAGACUGGAUUCAGCGAGUUUGUUAUUUUUAUAUCCAAUAUUGAUAGAUGAAGUAAUUAUCAUUUGUAUUUUUUUAGUGCAGGAAAUCUAAUUUAGUCACCAAAGUGUUCAAUUAGUGUCAAAAAUUAAGUCUGAUUACAUAAUAUCCAUUAGUAAAUAUUUCAAAUAAAGAUUGA